CGGCUGUCGGCUGCCGCCGCCGCGCAGGCCUUAUCCUCCGUCAUCGUCUUCCCGGGCCAUUCGAAAAUCCGACGCCCACCAUGAUGGUGAUGCAAUUCCUCUCGCUCCCCACCGCCUCCUCGCCCACUCCCAGCCCCAGGGCGACCUUCAAGCCCGUCGCCUCCUUCCGCCGCCCCUCCCCGCCUCCGCCUGCGCCCCCUAAACCUUCUCCUCCACCACCCCCGCCGCCUCCUCCCACGAACCCCCUCGCCUCCAAGCUAUGGCUGUCCAGCAAGCUCUCCCCGCCGCCUCCUCCACCCCCUCCGCCGUCGCUCGAGGCGAUAGAGGAGCCUCCGUCGCCUCCGCCACCGCCGGAACCGGAGCCGCUGCGGCAGGAGGACUUCCGGCACAAGGGCAAGGUCUUCGUGGGGAACCUCCCGCUGUGGGCGCGUAAGCCGGAGAUCGCCGAGUUCUUCCGCCAGUUCGGCCCCCUGGAGAAGGUGGAGCUCGUGCGCGGCCACGACGACCCCGAGCGCAACGUUGGCUUCUGCUUCCUCUACUACGGGGGCGACGACCCCGAGGCCGCGGCGGAGCGGGCGGUCGAGUUGGACGGGGUGGAAUUCCGGGGAAAGUCUCUCACCGUGCGACUCGACGACGGCAGGAAAGGGAGGGCCAGAGCGGAGGAGCGGGCGCGCUGGGUCGAAGCCGGGGAGCGGCGGGAGGCACUCUCGCCGUGGCACAAGGGCAGGGAGGAGGCGUGCCGCGAGUUCCGGAGGGUGCUCGAGUCGCGGCCCGAAAACUGGCAGGCUGUCGUCUCUGCUUUCGAGCGGAUACCCAAGCCAUCAAGGAGGGAAUUUGGUCUGAUGGUUGUGUAUUAUGCCAAGCGAGGUGAUAAGCAUCAUGCUCGUGCAACAUUUGAGAACAUGAGAGCAAGAGGAAUAGAGCCCAAUUCGUUUGUCUUCACAAGCCUUGUUCACGCUUAUGCAGUUGCUAGAGAUAUGCGUGGUGCACUUUCAUGCAUUGAGGAAAUGAAAUCUGAGGGCCUUGAGCUGACAGUUGUUACUUAUAGUAUCCUUAUCGCAGGAUAUGCCAAAAUCAAUGAUGCUCAAUCUGCAGACAACUUGUUCAAAGAAGCUAAGACCAAGCUAGACACUCUGAACGGAAUCAUAUAUAGCAACAUUAUACAUGCUCACUGCCAAUCUGGGAAUAUGGAUCGAGCAGAAGAGCUGGUCCGUGAAAUGGAAGCAGAUGGAAUUGAUGCUCCUAUUGAUGUUUAUCACAGUAUGAUGCAUGGGUAUACUAUCGUUCAGGAUGAAAAGAAAUGUCUAAUUGUGUUCGAAAGGCUGAAGGAGUGUGGCUUCAAACCAUCAAUAAUAUCUUAUGGUUGUCUUAUUAACCUGUAUGUCAAGAUUGGGAAGGUUCCCAAAGCCUUAACUGUUAGCAAAGAAAUGGAAUCAAGUGGUAUCAAACAUAAUAACAAAACUUACUCUAUGCUGAUCAAUGGAUUUAUCCAUUUGCAUGACUUUGCAAAUGCUUUUGGCAUAUUUGAGGGCAUGCUAAAAUCAGGUUUGCAGCCUGAUCGUGCCAUAUACAAUUUGCUGAUAGAGGCAUUUUGUAAGAUGGGAAAUAUGGAUCGUGCUAUUCGCAUAUUGGAAAAAAUGCAGAAGGAACGAAUGCAAGCAUCAAAUAGAACAUUCAGGCCUAUCAUAGAAGGUUUUGCAGUUGCUGGAGAUAUGAAAAGGGCUCUGGAUACCCUUGAUCUGAUGCGGCGAAGUGGCUGUGCUCCUACUGUAAUGACUUUCAAUGCCCUUAUCCAUGGGCUAAUUAGAAAGCACCAGGUUGAAAGAGCCGUUUCUGUGCUUGAAAAGAUGUCUAUUGCUGGCAUUGCACCAAAUGAGCAUACAUACACUAUCAUUAUGAGAGGUUAUGCUGCUGUUGGAGAUAUUGGAAAGGCUUUCGAGUAUUUCACCAAAAUCAAAGAGAAUGGUCUAAAGCUUGAUGUGUACAUUUAUGAAACAUUGCUCAGAGCCUGUUGCAAAUCAGGAAGGAUGCAAAGCGCCUUAGCAGUCACACGAGAGAUGAGCUAUCAAAAGAUACCAAGGAAUACAUUCAUAUAUAAUAUUUUGAUCGAUGGUUGGGCUCGGAGAGGAGAUGUCUGGGAGGCAGCAGAUUUGAUGAAACAAAUGAAAGAGGAUGGAGUUCCUCCUAACAUCCAUACAUAUACAUCCUACAUAAAUGCUUGCUGCAAAGCAGGAGACAUGCAGAGAGCAGAAAAUGUGAUUCAAGAAAUGACAGAUAUUGGAUUGAAACCCAAUGUCAAGACAUAUACCACCUUGAUUAAAGGUUGGGCUAGGGUGUCACUACCAGAUAGAGCGCUGAAAUGCUUCGAGGAGAUGAAAAUGGCUGGGCUUAAGCCUGAUGAGGCUGCUUAUCAUUGUUUGGUGACCUCACUUCUCUCGAGGGCAACUGUGAUGGAGGGAAGCACCUACACAGGAAUUUUGAGUGUCUGUAGGGAGAUGUAUGAGAAUGAUUUGACUGUUGACCUGCGCACUGCUGUUCACUGGUCAAAAUGGCUUCACAAGAUUGAGAGGACGGGAGGGGCACUAACAGAAGCACUUCAGAGAAUAUUUCCGCCUGAUUGGAAUUCAUCAGAAAAUUUGGAGGCUUCAAAGUCUGUAAGUGAUGGAGAUUCUGAGUCUUGCAGUGAUUCAGACUCUAGUGACAAUGAUGAGGAUCAUGGUAUCGAUGACCACUGAUAUAAUAUCGAGACAGUGCUAACCUUUUUGCAAUCCUUCACAACUGCUUCAGGGCCAGAGUUAAGCCAUCGAGGCUAUUUUCUUGUGGACUGCCAAAGAGGAGGGUUUGGAAUCUUGUUUUAAGCCACAGCUGUCUGGCCUCUGCGGCAUUUCCUCAAGAGUCGCAGACGCUCAGUAACUGUUCUGCUGGGGCUGAAGGCACAGGCUGUCAAUGCAACAGAUGAAGGUCACUCAGUUAUGUGUGUUGCUGUACAGAUCAAUGACUCGUAGUACAGGUAAAUAUUCUCUAUACUCAUGAGAUAUUGACAAGUUCUUUCUUGUUAUUGCUCUAUUUCUAGUGCAACCUAAUUCAUGAGUUAAGUUCAGUUUUGUGUAAUUGGAGAAAAUCAGGCUAAGCUAUAUUUUUACUUGGCUUAUUUGAUAUCUGUUCCAGGUAGGGUUUUUGACUUUUUGUACAGUUGCUUGGAGCAACAUUUUGCAAAAAGAAAUUCUUGAAUGUCUUUCGUGUUGUUCUAUGUCAAAUGUACCAGCCAUAAUAAGAAAUUAAGAAGGGCGCUGCACCCAUUUCAUAGUAUGACAUUACUAGGACCUACGGGAGUAGGGGUUUGUGGGGCUAUGGUUGAUUACCACCUCUGUGGCUCUGUCAUUGGCAUUGAGCGAGCAUUUCCCAGCACAGAACUGGUAACUGCACUUUAUCAGGACAGUACUGCACAUACAGUUUGUAACCUCUUCUCUUCAUCUGAUAAGCUAUGAGCUGAUUAGCUGAAUUGUGUGCUACGGAAACCAACUGGUGAUUUUAAACAUGGUAAAAUAGGAGUUUAAACAUGAUUUUAAAGCAACUUGCUAGAUAAUGUGUGUGGAUCCUUGUCUUUGUUCUAAUGAAUUUACACAUGGUAAAAUAGGAGCUUAGAUUCGUGGCUUCUGCUUUAAUGCAGCCUGUGUGCCGAUUGAAUGGGAGGAAUUCCCUCUUGAAACUGAAGUACAACUCCAAUCAAGUGAUACAUGAUGACUGUUUUCACAUUUAAGGUUUCGCAUCUUCCAGUACAGCAGCUUCAAUCAAAUGAGCCUUAACGUAGCACAGCCCGGUUCAGUGUGAGCUUGGAAUUGCUCGCCCCUGUCCAAGCUGAGAGCUUUUACUAGCCUGGUCACUUGAAUGCCUGCCUGCACAAGACGGCAUUAUAUUUCUUGAGACUGGUGUGUGUGUUUGUGCGCUUGUGUGUGAUAUGAGCUGCGAAUCUUAGCUGGCCGGUAUCUUUCAUUGAAUCGAAAGUGGCCUCCCACAUUCAAGUCUUCCCACAAGAUAAAACAGUGCUUCAUUUAUGCCCGCUAUUUAUGCUUGCUUACUGCAUUGCCCUUCUGAAUUCAUUUGCACCAUAAAUUUUUGCAAUGAAAUCUUAAUUGUGGUUGCAGUGCAAUACUAUGUGACUUGAAUGUCCUUUUCAUAAAUAAUUCGCAGAAUAAACCUUUACUAUA